AUGCAAUAAAAUGUGACACAAAACAAAAUGAAAGUCGACAAAAUGAGCAAUAUAAGGAACAAGCGCUAAAAGUCGAAAUAGCAUAAGUGAAAAUCGCUUGUUGUUGUGGUCGUGCACGUGGGGGUAACGUAGUUUUCUAGUGAAUACAUGUCAAAUUGUUAUUGGUUUUUAAAAAAUGGGUAAAACGAGACGAAACCGCGUUCGUCUUGUGGCUAACUCCAAUCCCUUGGCAUUGAAUGGUAUUGCUGAAUUAUUAAAUGCCGAUGAUGAUUUUAUGGACAAUGGUUUGGGUCCAGUGGACACUAUGCGUGAACAGCUAUUAAAUGUGAAUGUUGAAGAAAAAUUAAAUGCUUUGCAGUCCCUUGCAGUUCUGGUGCAAUCCGGCAAAAAAGAUAAGCUUAUAGCUAUUUGCCAAAGUGAUAUUAUACGCAUUGCAGCACCGUUUCUUUUUGAUCGCGACCAGCCGUUACGAAAUGCAGCAGCGGGUGCACUGCGUAACUUCACCGUCUGUAUGCCUGAAGUAUGUGACAUACUUGUUGAACAAGAUGUCCUUACACCACUCUUGGCUCUGCUAAACGAAUACGCACAGGACAGCCAAUGGGUAGCAACGUUUGAUGAAGCAAUGGGCGGUCAACUCGAUAUUCGGUCAGAUACAUUUUUGCAAGCUAUAAAUCUGCUUUGGAACCUAUGUGAAAGUUCAUCUACUGCUUUGGACACAUUUAAUCAGUCACAAUUAAUUGGUGGCUUAAUCCGGUGUCUGGAUCACUCUGUCUAUGGCUUGGAUAUAGCGAUUUCUGUUGCGCAAUGCUUGUUAGUAGUGUCGGAGAGUAAUCAGAGAGCUUGGAAUGUGUUGACACAACAUGUACCUGCGUUGCUGAGUUUGCUUGAUUUAUCUGGCAGUUACGGGCAUUUCUAUCUACGCACAUUAGGGGGAGGAAUUUUGUCAAAUGUGCCAGCGUUAGCAGCAGCUUACACCAAUAAUAUCUUAAAUAGUCUGGCACAAGCUUUAGCUGUGGACCACAAGGAAGCACUGUCGAGUGUAUUAAGUGGUCAUAAAGAAAACGACCAAAAUGAAAGUCUGCCAAUACUAGAUAUUAACAUGGAAACUGAGGAAGAAGAGACAGAAGAAGCGGCUGCUUUAAGAAGAAGGCGUCUAGAAUUGCCUACGGCUGCAGAUAUUGCCGUGAAAGAGGUUAGCAAUUUAUUGGAUGCCCAUCGUGUUGCAGCAGAGAUUAUCACGAAUUUGGUAUCGUGUGACGACGAAGAAUGGGUCGACUCAGACGGAGAAGAGUCAUCAGAAGCCGAAGGUGUUGUAGAUUAUGACAAUGAGAACAGUAAUGGAGAUACACAAAAUGAAGAAAAACUUCCAGCAGAACUAGUGCAAAUUAUAAAGUCCCUAGAGAUUGUACAAAAGCUUUGGCAAAAAGUGCAGGUUUUACCUGAUGAUGUUAUCCAAUCUCUCCGGGAAGUGAGUUUAGCAUUGGUUGCAAAAGUGAAAAACUUGCGUAUUUCGUCACUACUUUGUCUUCAAAAUCUUUGCAACGCCUUAAGUUCAGAAGAUAUGGGUGGUGUCAAGGCCAUUUAUGAUGUUUGGGUGGAGCUUGGGCAACAAGUUUUCAAAGGACCACAAGAUGUGACGGUCAUGGAACCAGCUACGUCUUUAAUGCGGGCGGCAUUGGAGCGCCUGAAAAAAAAUAAAGAGCUCUUUAGUCAAAUGGCCGACAAUGAUUUGGAGCUAAUUUUCAACGGUGUCAAAAAUUGCAGUGUAGGUGAAAUACGUGCAAAUUGGUUGCGCAUGUUAGGCACAUUGGGUUGUCUAUUACCGGAAACUUUAGUGCGCACAAUUAUCACUUUUAUCGUGGAAGCCUGUGUUGAUGAGGAGGAUGUUUGGACGAUCUCCGAAGCACUCGAUGCUUUAAUGGAUAUGUUUGCCGAUAAUGAUUGGCCAAAAUUAAUUGUCGAACUGAAUUUGCCAGAAGUUUUGAAGAAAUUGGAGAAAAUGUUCAAAAAUAAGAUGCGACAGCAACGCCGAGAAUUGAAAGAACGUUAUCCUGCGGUGCAAACGGUUCGCGUGAAUUUAACACGCUUCAUACGUUAUAUGGAAAAAGAAGUUGACAAGUACGCAAUAAGCGCGUAA